AUGUCAGUCAUGCAUCCGAGAAUCUUCCUAAACGUUUGCUUCCUGCUAGCGGUGGGAUACGAAAUCGAGGCCAGCUGGGAAGAAUGGUGGACAUACGAUGGCAUUUCAGGACCCGCCUUUUGGGGGCUCAUCAACCCACAGUGGAACAUGUGCAACAAAGGACGCCGCCAGUCGCCGAUUAACGUGGAACCGGAGAAGCUACUGUUUGAUCCAUACCUUCGAUCACUGCACAUCGACAAGCACAAGAUAUCGGGUACGCUGCACAACACCGGCCAAUCAUUGGUCUUCCGGGUGGAGAAGGACACCAAACAACAUGUAAAUAUUUCCAGCGGUCCACUAGCCUACCGGUACCAGUUCGAGGAAAUCUACUUCCACUACGGUACGGACAACAAUCAGGGCUCGGAGCAUCACAUCCACGGGUACAGUUUCCCCGGUGAGAUUCAGCUGUACGGUUUCAACAAGGAGCUGUACCACAACAUGUCCGAGGCACAGCACAAGGCCCAGGGCAUCGUCGGUAUUUCGCUAAUGCUGCAGAUCGGCGAUACGCCUAAUCCGGAGCUGCGGAUAAUUACCAGCGCCUUCAAUAAAGUCCUGUACAAAGGAUCUUCCACGCCGAUCCGGCAUAUCUCGUUGCGAUCGUUGCUGCCGAACACGGAACAGUACAUGACGUACGAGGGUUCGACCACCCAUCCCGGUUGCUGGGAAAGUACGGUUUGGAUUAUCCUCAAUAAGCCCAUCUACAUCACCAAGCAGGAGCUCUACGCGCUGCGAAAGCUAAUGCAGGGCUCGGAACAAACGCCCAAAGCACCGCUAGGCAAUAAUGCUCGGCCGCUGCAAGCGUUACAUCACCGUACCGUGCGGACCAACAUCGACUUUGCCAAUACGGGUGUCAGCAAGACACAAAGCUGCCCGACGAUGUACAAAGAUAUGUACUACAAGGCGAACCGCUGGACGUCGGAGAUAUCGGCGCGUGGCCGCGAACGAGGGCUUCCCGACAUAGAGAGCGUGUUCCAUUCGCUUAAAUAG